UGCAGAUCCAGGAUGCGGGAAAUCGGUCCUAGCAAAGUAUUUGGCCGAUGAGGUCCUUCUUAGAACAGAUACAAGAGCAACGUGCUAUUUCUUCUUCAAAGAAGGUUUAGAAGACCAAAGCAAUAUGACGAUUGCUAUGUGUUGCAUCGUACGACAGAUUAUCGAUCAAAGACCUGGUCUCCUUUCUAGAGGAAUAAUCGAAAAGAUUGAAUCAAGAGAAACACUUACUAGCUCUUUUCAAGGACUCUAGGAAAUUCUUAUCGAUCCAAAAUCCCAGAUUGACGGAGAAAUCAUUUGUAUCAUGGACGCUUUUGACGAAUGUGCAGAAUAGGGGCGAGCUCAACUAACCGAAGCAAUGAGCAGGUUACCCUUAGUCCAUUUCCUGAACAAUAGCGGUGUGCUGAAAUUCGUGUUAACAAGCCACCCAUAUUCUACCAUUUGGCGCGGCCUUGAGCGUUUAAAGCAGUGCGUUCCUAUAAUAGAAGUAACAGGAGAAAACAGUAUUGAUUCAAUAUCUCGAGAAAUCAACAUAUUCAUCGAGGAUAAUAUCCACCAUCUAGGCCCAGCGCUCAGACUCUCAGAGAGUGAGAAGAAACUCUUAAGAAAAGCGAUUACUACAGUUCCUCACCAGACAUACCUAUGGGCAAAUCUGGUCUUCGAAGCUAUCAGAAAUAACGUCGAUAUCACAAGAGAUGAAUUACAGCAAUAUGUUCACACACUUCCUAGGACAGUUGAAGCAGCUUAUGACAUGAUUCUGGGCCGAAGCAGCGAUCCAUCACAGGCUAGGCGACUCUUAGGCAUCGUGAUUGCGGCAGCGCGGCCCCUUUCUUUAAAUGAAAUAGCUGUGGCAUUAGCUAUUGGAGAGAGCCAUCGUAAACAUGAUGACUUACUGCUUGAAACGGAAGACCGAUUUAGUCGGACGGUUAGAGACCUGAGCGGCUGUUUCAUAAGAAUCGUGGAGUCGAAGAUAUACUUACUUCAUGAGACUGCGAGAGAUUUCUUAAUCAAAACUCAAAAUGCUCAAACAUUAAAUAGACCAAUGAACUCCUGUCUUCAAUGGAAACAGUCGCUAGAUUUGGUGGAAUCACAUCGUAUCCUCGCCAAUGUCUGCAUUUGGUAUCUUCUCCUUGAUCCAUUGACAACUUAUCAUCAUCGCGAAGACAUUUCGGAUUCUACCAAUGUUUCUAUCGACCUUACAUUUCUGCGCAGCAAGGAAACUUCCACCAUUUAUCCAUUCCUCAAAUACUCAGCACAAAAUUGGCUUAUUCAUUACCACCAAGCUCGGUUCCAGAAGAACGAGUCAAUCCAGAACUCAAUGCUCCGUCUCCUAGAUUCGGUUGAAACCAGAAUGUGGUACAAUAUUUGGACUUCUCUGCGUACAGAAUGCCCAGAGUUUUAUUCUCAACUAGCGCGCGCGUCGUGCUUUGGACUUGAAGAGGUCGUCAGGCAGCUAUUAGACCAAAGAGGUCCUGACAUCGAGUCAAAAGAUACCUCAUAUGAUAACCAAACACCGCUAAUGUGGGCGGCACAGGAAGGUUACAAUGCAAUAGUGGGUCUACUACUUGAUGGCGGCGCCGAUGUCAACUUGGAUUACCUCUUCGAUACGCCACUGAUCAAAGCAGUGAAGAAUAAACACGCCAUUGUUGCGUCCACACUGCUCACAAGGGGCGCGGACGUUGAAGCAGCAGAUAUUAACGGCAAAACGCCCUUAUUCCAUGCUGCUACGCUAAAAAGGGGGCAUAAUACUCAAAGCUGCUGCAAUGACCUCGCAAAACUUCUCCUAGAGCGCGGUGCGGAUAUUCAGGCAAGAGAUAUCACAGGCAGAACACCGCUGUCAUAUGCUGCCGAGGAAGGAUGCGAUGCCGCGGUUCGUCUCCUGCUGGAAAAUGGUGCCGACAUUGAUUUGAAGGAUAAUGAAGGCAGAACAGCACUCUCCUAUGCAGCUGAGGGAGGUCAUGAUAUUGUUACCCAAAUACUGCUCGAGCAGAGUGCCGACGUCUUAUCGAGGGAUAACCAGAAGCGACGCCCGCUAUACUAUGCAAUCAAGUGGCAGCAUAGCGGCACUGUCCAAGUGUUGUUGGAUAGAAUUCCUCGCCUAUCUAGGGAUGACUCUGUCCGGAUGUUGACUUGCGCUAUGUGGGGAGACCAACAUGUCAUACGGGAUAUACUUCAAGCCAAAACUUCAAUUCGCUGAUGUACCCAACGGCGUGGCGACGUCUACAGUGGUUGCUGUUAAUCGGAUCAUGUACUUCCUAUGGGGUUCGCUCGGCUAAACACGUUAUAGCAGCACAGCUAAUGACUGCUAGAUGAUGGCUAGACCAACAAUAAAAUAUAUUCACAUAGUUUACCUUAGGUACCUAGGUACCUAAGUACUAAGUUGACUGCCU